GUUUUUUCCCUUUUCCCUCCGUGCUGUCCUUGGUAUUGCCUCAUCUUCAAAUUGCGAUGCGGCAAGUAAUCCCUCAUUCCUUGCUCUCGAUCUCGUCGUCCUCCCUUUGAUCCCUCGAUUUAUCGAUGUUUGCUUUUUAAUUUUGUUUUUGUUUGCCGGAUUUGUUAGACAAUAUCGUUGAUAUUUCCAAUCCUGCGGGAGGGGCAUGGGGAAGGAGCCCGCCGCGUCGCAGUUCGAGGUUAAGAUCCAGAUGCGGCCAGGGGACUUCGAGCACAGCUGGGCCUCUUCGCCGGUCCCUCCGCCGCAGCUGUCAGAUCAGCGUCGCUCGCUCCCGGCCGACAGCCUGCCAUUUCGGCGGUGGACUCCCUGGUUGGCGCCGACUAUCGUCCUGGCUAACAUCGCCGUGUUCGGUGUCAUAAUGUACGUGAACGACUGUCCCGAGAAUACCCCCGGGCUUUGUGUUGGCUUAUUUCUCGGCAGGUUCGCCUUUCAAUCCAUUAAGGAGAAUCCCUUGUUGGGGCCAUCGUCCUUCACGUUGAAGAAGAUGGGGGCUUUAGAUGUGCAGAAAGUGGUCCAGGAGCACCAAGGAUGGCGCCUACUUGUAUGCAUUUGGCUACACGCUGGACUUGUUCAUGUGCUUGCUAAUAUGUUGAGCCUUAUCUUAAUAGGAAUACGACUUGAGCUGCCCUCGCGGCGUGGACCCAAACGGUAA